UAUCUAGUAUGUGACUUUCUUUGGUGGGCGGGGUCCUACUAAGUAUAUAAAAGGCUCGUCAGGAGAUUAAGACGCGUAUUACAGAGAAGACUUUUGUGCCUCCAAUAUGAAGGUACUAGUAAUCACGAUUUUAUGCGCGUUCGCAAGCUGCGCAGCGGGAGGAGCGAUAGCGUGGCCUGGUGCCAUCGCUGUGUCCUCACCGCUGCUGAGAACCGUUGUACCAGGGCAGACUAAGACCACUGCCUAUUCCACCACACAAUACAUAAAUGCGGUCCCGGCGUCGUACGCAUUCGCUCCGCAGCCUCAAUUUGCUUACCAAGUGCCCCAAAUCAACAGCUUCCCAGCGGUGCAGUCUGCGUAUUACCCCAUAGCCAGUCACUCCUACAUACCAGCAGCCGCCAACAUAUUCUACCCUUCAGCACCAGCUUUUGCUCCAGUCAUAGGCUCUGGAUUCCCAGCUAGUCCUGCUUUUCCAAGCCAACCCGCCCCAUCAUAUCCUGAAGGCCCACAGAGUUCCCCCCCUUCUCAGCAGACCGGCGAUGCUGACUCAGCUGUAAUAGAGUCAGCAGAGUACAGUGGUGAGCAGCAAAGGAAACAAGAAUCGGAAUCUCCUAUGCCUUCUCAGCCCCCAGCACCAGAACCAUCUCAACCUACUCCUCAGUUUCCACCUUCAAAUACAUUUCCUCACUUCCCCAAUUUCCCUCAAAACCCACAGGAAUCUGGACAGGGUCCCUCAUUCCCACAAUUCCCUCAGCUCCCUCAAAUCCCAGGUUUUCCUCAAUUCCCACAAAAUCCCUUCCCCCAGGCACCCCAGGGACCCCAAGGGCCUCAAGGGCCUUCCACUCCACCAUCAAGUUUUCCUGCCGCUAUAAAUGAAGACAAAGGUCUGAAUGACGAAGAUACAGUAGCUGUGGAAUCCGCCUAAAGUCAUUCAAAAGUCAUCCUACUAUUUCAGACUACCUUUUGUGUAUCCAUCCCAAUGUUGUAUUAAAACCAUUAUGAUAAGUUAA